CAGACAAAACGAUUUCAACGAACGAACUAAACGGAGUUACGGUUGCUGCUUCCUCUCUAUUCUUUUUUUUUAAGUUGUUGCGUGCAAUUCCUAACAAGUUUUUAAACUCAAAAGGCUCUCGCGAUGGGCAUUGGCUACGGCGUUCCGGAAGAGCAGCUGGAGAAGCAAAUUGGCUGCGUUAAGUAUACGGUGUUCUGCUUCAACAUUGUCGCCUGGAUGAUCUCCACGGCGCUCUUUGCGCUCACCGUCUGGCUGCGUGCGGAGCCUGGUUUCAAUGACUGGCUGCGCAUACUGGAGGCUCAAUCCUUUUACAUUGGCGUCUAUGUGCUCAUUGGCAUCAGCAUCAUUAUGAUGGCAGUUAGCUUCCUGGGCUGCUUGAGCGCCUUGAUGGAGAAUACUUUGGCGCUCUUUGUGUUCAUUUUUACGCAGAUCUUUGGCUUCAUUGCCACUGUGGCAGGCUCGGCCAUUUUGUUGCAGUACAGCACCAUAAAUUCGAGCUUGCAGCCGCUGUUGGACAUCUCGUUGCGCAGAUUUGUGUCCACCUCGGAGUACACAUACUCCAACUAUGUGCUGACCAUGAUACAGGAGAAUAUUGGCUGCUGCGGCGCCAGUGGUCCAUGGGAUUACUUGGAUCUGCGUCAGCCUUUGCCCAGCAGCUGCCGCGAUACGGUGAGCGGCAAUGCUUUCUUCAGCGGCUGCGUGGAUGAGCUAACUUGGUUCUUUGAGGCCAAGACCUCUUGGAUUGUGGGUCUGGCCAUGACCAUGGCCAUGUUGAAUGUCAUCUGUGGCGUUAUGAGCUUUGUGCUGGUCCAAGCUGUCAAGAAGGAGGAGGAGCAGGCCAGCAACUACAGGCGUUAAGCUAGCACAGACUAGCCCCACUUAGUUAGGUCAGCGCCAGCGUCAAAAGUGCAAAAGUUAUAAAACAAAAAAUACAUAUAUACAACACACACACACACACACACAUAUAUAAAGCUACUAUAGUAACUAAGUCUUCAUGUCGAACAAUAAGUUAACUGAAUAAAGCCAGCUUUGGCCAAAGAAAAACAAAAUCAA